GGAAAAAAAUGGGGUUACCUCAAAUACACAUUUUGAUUGGGAAAAUUUUAAAUUUGAAAUGGAAUUGCAAGUUGAGAUAGUUGGCAAAAGUGUUGGGAGUCAGUCUUCCUCUUCCUUGAUGAUGCAAUCUGAAAGGUAGAUUAAAAAACAGAGAAUUUCUUCCACAAACAUUCUGGUUUAGAGAGGCGUGAUUUGAAAGUGGCGUGCAGGGGUGGGGGUGUGGCUAAAGCGGUGCACGCCCGUUCGAUAGAGAGGGAAGGAGGAUGGUGGGUGGAGGUGGUGAAGGCUUAUGCCAGAUUCGGCUGCGUGGCGGAGGCGCGCAGAGUGGUGGAAGGAAUGCGAAUGCGAUUGCGAGCAGUGAAGGGAAAGGAGGAGGAGAUUGUGGUGGUGGCCUCCACUGCUGUCAUCACAGCGUAUGCAGCGCAGGGGCGGAUGUUGGCGGCUCGGGAGGUGUUGGUGGGAUUGCUCGCAAUCGGAAUCGGCGUUGACGCGGCGUCGUGGAUUGCCAUGAUCGCGGGAUAUGCGCAGAACGCCCAAAUGGAAAAGGCGGCGGAGCUAUUUGGCAUAAUGCCGCCGGGAAAGAGAAAUGUGGUGACAUGGACGGCCAUGAUUUCAGGGUAUGUGCGCUGUGGUUCAGCGGCAGCCUCUAGCGCUUUGCGUUUAUUUUAUCAAAUGCCCGUGCAACAACCCAACCACGUAACCUUCGCCGCUCUCCUGCCUGCCUGCCAACAUUUGGAGACGUUGCAGGGCAUCCAUGAGCAAAUUCUGCGGCGGGGGUUUCAAUCCAACCUGUUCGUGUGCAAUGGGCUUGUUCACAUGUAUGCUAAACUGGGGGCAAUUGGCGUUGCACGCCAAGUGUUUGACAAAAUGGCAGAGCGGAAUGUGGUGUCGUGGACGGCCAUGGUGGCUUCAUAUGCGCGAGUAGAUUUGCGGGAGGCGCUGAGGCUGUUCUGGAGAAUACCGCAACCCAACGUGGCCUCCUGGAACGCCAUUAUUGGGGGAUGCAUGCACCAUGGCUUUAUCGCGGAGGCGCUCCUCCUCUUCCACCGGAUGCCUCGCAGAAAUGGAGUUUCAUGGAACAUAAUGAUUGUGGGAUACGCAGAGAGGGGGAAAACAGAGGAGGCCCUGAAACUCCCGGAGCAGAUGCCCACAACGGAUACCACUGUUGCUGUCGUCUCAUGGAAUUCCGUGAUUGCAGGAUUCGCAGACAAGGGAGAGGAGGAGGAGGCUCUGAGGGUAUUUCGGGUGAUGCAAAGGGAAAGGGAAAGUGUGAUGAUGAAGCCAAACUCUAAAACCUUCACACUUGUUCUGCCUUUGUAUGGCAAGAGGGCGAGUCUGAAAUAGGG